GUUUCAGUAUUAAAGCUGAGUGUCAUGGCCACGAUUGAAGAAAGUGUUACAGUGUUGUACAUUUAAAUUGUGUUAAAAAUUUUUCACAAACAAUCAAGCAAUAAGCAUGCUGAUAAAGGGGUGGCGUUUGAUUCUUAUCCAUUUUCUUAUCGCUUGGAAAACGGAUUAAUUAAGUAUAAAGCGGACUAGAACGUGUACGAUCAAGCGAAUAUCCGGCGGAGAGUAAUCACACAGAAAGGACGAAGAAAAACGCCGUAAAGUUUCACGGCGUGAAAGGAACGGAAACAGAGGAUUGCAACAAUGUCUAAGAAGACUAAUUGCAACAAAAUGUUAGUUCAUCAGUUAUCAUCUGUGUUACCUGAUGACAGGCCCAUCACUUCCAUAAGUGUUGUUGAAGAUAUAGAUAAGUGUCCACCAAAUUUUACAGUGGUGUCAAGAACAUAUGAUCAAGAUACUGAUGCUGAUUUAUGGCGAGAAAGUGGACUCUUUAUUAAAAAGAAAGGGAGAUACAUAUGUUUUUCAAAGACUGAAGGGUUAUCUCAGUGUGUGGUCGAAGAUAUAGUAGUUAUUAAUGAACGAGAUACUCCACCGGAAGGAUACAGCAUAAUUUCUUAUACUGUAGAUUCAUUGCAGAAGGCAUGGAGGAAGAAGCAGGUGUGCUAUAAAAUUAGAAAUAAGGAACUUUGUUCAAAAGCAGUUACUGAUAUUAUCAUAUGUAGUAGAGUUAUACAUAAGGUUUAUACAUCUAAAAUGGCACCAAACGGGUUUAUUGCUGCUGGUAUCAUCAAUGGAGUUUGUGUUUGCUACAAAACUGUGGAUAUUGUAAAUGGCAAUUCGAAUUCACAAUCGUAUGUUAAUAUAGAUUUACUUCAAAGUGCUUCCCCAAAUCCAUCAAAUGGAACACCCCAUAGAGUACCUCCUGAAAGGCCACCAAAACCAAAGUUUUCGCCAAAACCGACAAACGGGGUUUAUCCACAAAUUAGUGGGAAUGGGGGAAAGGAUAAUGAAGAAUCUAGCGAUAGAGAUUACGAAAUUCUGAGUCCUAGUGCAAGAAUUAGACCAACAAGACCUGCUCCACAACCUCCAACAUCAACAGUUGUUGGAUCUACAUCAAUUUAUGGUACAUUGCUAGGGUCCUCUGAUUUGGAUGGAAUCCCAUUUGUUCUUAAUCCACGUAUAAUUGUUCAAUCUGAUUCUUCUUCCAAUAAACUACCUAUGAUUAGGGUUUGGACUCAGAAAGAUUUGGAUAAAGAGUUUUUUUACGAUUUUCGUGCAGAGAGAGAAACUUGAAGAAACCACUGUGCCAAACUAAUUGUGUGAUUCUUCAUGCAAUUUUUCAGCUAUGUCUAUACAUUUGUAUUGAUAAUAUAGCACUAGCCAAGUGUAAUAGAGUGCCUGAACGAGUGAUUUAUACUAACCCGCGAAAAUGGAAUCCUUUUAAAACAUUUACCGAUGAAAUGUUCGAAUUUAAAUAUUGUCCAUUUUCUGAAGUACUUUUUUUUUUUCGUGUCCUAUUUAGAUUUUAAUA